AUGCGAAACAGUUACGAUGGAGAGAUCGGUCGGGGACGGCGCACGGGUAAUGAUUCAUCGAGCAGUCGAGAGUCGUCUCUAAGUGCUAAGGCGCCGAAACGGCAGUUUUCACCAGUCGGUUCGGAUUCAGGAGAACCCCAAACACCAGUGGAAUCGGCGCCUGUUACACAUUCGCCUCCUCCAGACAGACCUAUUAUCCGACAGGCAGUGGCUUUUGCGACCGAUAAACCACCUCAAAAUAUAGAAACGUACGAAGCUACCCCUCCCCCCGUUGAAGCAGUGCGUUUCCUUCCCGGUCAAGAAGUUCCGCCUCCGACCAAGAAGAAAAGUAAAAGAGUGAGAAAGGGAGAUUUAUUCUCUUCACAGACAUCGAAAUUUCGAAUCGAUACGUACGACCCUACCCCCAGCACCCAACCACCUAUCGCUCAUGGAAAUGGACCUUAUUCAUCUCUAUAUCGCGGAACACCAGCUCCUCCAAAACCUCCUAGGAAAGCAUCUCCAACACCAACGGCAACUUCAUCUACGUACGCUACAACUCGUUCGGCCACAUCUUCUAACCCUCCUUCGGUCUAUGCACCCCCAUACCCUAUAUCAUCUAGACCUUUGCAACCGUUACUUCCGUCAAUAGGAAGCGGUUCGCCCUCCGUUCCGAGUACAAGACCAGGUGCUCGUCAUGGGGAAAUGGAUGGAAGGCCUCCCCAUCAAAAUAACUAUUACGCUAGUCAUCCACUUCCACCAGGUCCCAAUGCUCCUGGAUCACAGGGUCCAUCGCCUUAUUAUCGACAUGAUUAUGAAAAGGGUACAUGGAACUCUGACCCGUCUCGUUCUUCGCGACAUCAUCAUAAAAAAGACCCUGGACGUUCUCAUUCAAAUUCCGAACCAGCUCCUCGAAGCAAACAUCCUCUGCGAAUGGUGACACUCCUCAUACAAGAUUUGCGAAGUGGCACAAUCGAUCAUCAAUUAGCCGAAGUGAAGGUUCCACUGCGAUUGGCUGAUGAUAAAGGUACUUCGUAUUGGGCUGAUGCUCAGGAUAUCGCGGAGCAGCUUCAACGAGGUCCUUCGAGGAUUGAUGGUCCGGCCAAGGUUUACACACCGCGGGGAAAAUAUAGGCAAUUCAUCUUACGGGUCUCAAGAGACAACGAAGACGAUUUUAUUUCUGCUAAUGUUGCAGUUGCAGGAGAUAAAACAAUUGAUUUAGUUGUGGAGAUUAGCGAGAUACCUAAAAAUGAUCAGCUUCUCCCUCCAGGACGUCCUCCACCCCCUCCUCAGAUACCAUCAGGACUACUCGAUAGCCCCAACCCAUAUGAAGAAUACGAGCAAGAACGCAGAACGGAAUACUGGCCAUCAAAACCACAGCAUGAUCAGAUACAGGAUGCACGCAAACGGGCGAAUUCCCCGUCCUUUGAUGACUACGACGGAGUAGAUUCCCCAUCGCCUUCAAAAUUCACCAGACAUAGUUAUCCUUCUGAAUCUGUCCGACAUGAUUCACAUCGUCAGCGAAGCCUUGAAGGCACUGCAAGCUCUGUUGUAUCUUCAGGAGUAACGGAUAUUUCGAAGGAAAAUCACCAAUCUGCAUCAAUACCUGCUACUCCGCCUCUUCCUUCUUCUCCUCGGCCAUCUGCCGAAGCAGAAUUCAUGAGGAUUCUCAAGGAUCAGGUGCGAGAAUACCAACCCAGAGGGUUUUUAGACUUCUUCCGAUCCAAUGCCGGGACAACACUUGUUGAUACAUUAUCGCAAUACGAGUACUUCACGAACAUCUGCAGAAAGUUUAUUGGGAUGAAAAUUGACCAAUUUCCGAAUCCAGUAGAAGAGAAACAUAUUCUGAAGCUUUUGAAAGUGGAUUCGGAUCUUACCUUUGCUCAAGACUGCGCAGAUACCUUGCGCCUGAUGCCUUUGUAUGGAGUUCCCCAAGCCUCACGGCACGAUCCCAAAAUCCCGCAAAUGAUCAACGCCAAAUUUGCUGGCACGAGGGAGCAGGCGCGCAAGGAUCUUUUGGCACUUUUACACCGAAGUGACAAUAUAUGGAACAACCGUUCCCCAGAUGAACCACGACCACCAGAGAACAAGUCUCCAGUAUCAUCCGCGGACAGCAAUACAGUCGCCCCACAGAGCGAACCAAAUCCUACGGUAGCAAGGGUAAAUAAAUCCAUGUUUGUUGAUUAA